CUUCCGGUGCCGGCGCUAUAAGAGCCGCUUCCGCCUCGGGCCCGCGCCGGGAUCGUGCUGCCGGUGCCGCCAUGAACGCCCGCGGGCUGAGCACGGAGAAGGCCGUCGCCUUCACUCGGCGGCUGCGGGCCGAGCCGCAGUUCCUGCUGGCCCAGAACGUGGCCACAUGCAACGACCCGCUGGAGGUGUGCCUGCAGCGGCAGGUGGUGCAGGACACGGUGCAGGUGUUCCAGCACGCCGUGCCCGCCGAGGGCAAGCCCGUCACCAACCAGAAGAACUCCGGGAGAUGCUGGAUCUUUUCCUGCCUCAACGCAAUGCGUCUUCCUUUCAUGAAGAAAUACAACAUUGAAGAGUUUGAGUUCAGCCAGUCCUAUCUCUUUUUCUGGGAUAAGGUUGAGCGUUGUUACUACUUUUUAAAUGCCUUUGUGGAAACAGCUCAGAAAAAGGAGCCAGUGGAAGGAAGACUGGUGCAAUUCCUGCUCUCCAACCCCACGAAUGAUGGUGGACAGUGGGAUAUGCUGGUUAACAUUAUUGAGAAGUAUGGUGUUGUCCCCAAGAAAUACUUCCCAGAGUCUCACACCACAGAGGCUACCAGGAGGAUGAAUGAGAUCCUGAAUCAUAAGAUGAGAGAAUACUGUUUGAGGCUAAGGAAUAUGGUGGAAAGUGGAGGAAACAAAGGAGAACUUUGUGCUGCCAUGGACAUGAUGAUAGAAGAGGUAUUCAGAAUAGUGAGCACUUGCCUGGGCAGCCCUCCGGAGACUUUCUGCUGGGAGUUCCGGGAUAAGGAGAAGAAUUACCACAAGUACGGCCCCAUGACCCCGGUGCAGUUCUACAACGAGCAUGUGAAGCCUUACUUCAACAUGGAGGACAAGAUUUGUUUAGUGAAUGAUCCUCGACCCCAGAAUCCCUACAACAGGCUCUACACAGUGGAGUACCUGGGCAACAUGGCUGGAGGGAGGAAAACUCUCUACAACAACCAGCCUGUGGAGGUGCUGAAGAAAUUGGCUGCAGCAUCCAUUAAGGAUGGCGAGGCUGUGUGGUUUGGCUGUGAUGUGGCAAAGCACUUCUAUGGCAAGCUGGGAAUCAAUGACCUGAAUAUAUUUAAUCAUGAGCUGGUGUUUGGUGUCUCCAUCAAGAACAUGAACAAAGCAGAACGACUGAUCUUUGGAGAAUCCCUGAUGACCCAUGCCAUGGUCCUGACAGCUGUCACUGAGAAGGAUGGGCAAGAGGAUGCAUUUGAAAAAUGGAGAGUGGAGAACUCCUGGGGUGAAGACCGUGGCAAUAAAGGUUACCUGAUCAUGACCGAUGACUGGUUCUCCGAGUACGUGUACGAGGUGGUGGUGGACAAGAAGCACGUGCCCGAGGAGAUCCUGGCCGUGAUGCAGCAGGAGCCCAUUGUUCUGCCAGCCUGGGACCCCAUGGGGGCUUUGGCCAAGUGAAGCACGGAGCAUUUGCCUCCUCAUGGCCAUCAGAAGUAGCUGCAAUAGAGAAUUCCAGUGGUCGGAAGCCAUAGCCAAACGAUAACGAGACCGAGCCCUCGGCCUGGUCCCUAUUCCUGAAAUGUAAGUUAAGGAUCCUUGGGAAAUAGCGCUUCACUGAUCCAAGCUCUCAGACAGGCUGCUCCAAAACUCACAAGGGAAAAGGAACAAAAACCUCACCAUGAAAGCAGAUCAGUGCUGUCAAUGGCAGUUUGAUUUUACCUUAAACUUUUAAUGCGAAUCAGCGUAGUAAUGUAGUAAAAUUCUCUUCAUCCUUGUUUUCCCUAGAAAAAAUGGGCAUUAAAGGCCCUUUAGAAUUAAUAGUUAGGUGAUUGUUAGAGCAAGCAUAUUGAGAUAACUAACCAAUUAUGGUCUGACUUGUCCUAUAAAAGAACUCCCCCAAAAUAUUUUAUAUAUUUACAGUUUUGGAGGGGAUGUAUGAAUUGAAACUGCUAAAAAUGACCUUUAGAAAAUUUUCUCUUCCAUCAGAAUUGGGGAAGUGGAACGGUUUCCUUGAGUUAUCCAGCUCCACUUUUAUUCUUCCACUAUUGAGUAGGGACUGGAUAACCCCCCCAAGGGCCAGUGCUAUGUCUGUGUGCUCAGGAGCGCUAUUUUUCACUUAUUUUAGCAAGAACAACCAUAAAUUUGUUCACAGGUGGAGUUAGUGUCAUGCUCAACAGAAAAACCAACGGUUUAAUUGCUGCAUUUUAUUUGGUUGUUUUAAAAAACAAGAUGGUGCUAUGAAGCUUUUGAAUAAACACUUUCUAAAGUGA